AUGGUUAAAGAUAUGCUCUUUAAGUUGAAUUUUAAAACCAAAGUACCAAAAUCCUGUCAGCGUUAUCCUCUAUUUCUCUAUAAAAGUGUAUUAUUAUUGCUAUCUAAAAGCAUUUAUUAAUUCAAAAAAAUAUAGUAAAUCUCCCUCAGAAAUAAAGAAAAAACUAUAGCUUUUCUUGACAAAGCAGCUUAUCUUUAAAAAUUCCCAGGUGGAGGUGUAAGAAAGGAGAAUCAGCCGUCAAAAGCGUAGACAAGAAGAAAGGAAAGAAGAGAUCAGAGACUUUCGCACUCUAUAUCUACAGAGUCUUAAAACAAGUCCACCCAGAUAUUGGAAUCUCCAAGAGAUCAAUGAGCAUCAUGAACUCAUUCAUCAACGAUAUUUUCGAAAGAGUCUGCUUUGAAGCAAGCAAACUCGUGAGAUACGAAAAGAAGAGAACCCUCAGCAGCAGAGAAGUUCAAACCUCCGUCAGACUUAUCCUCCCUGGAGAACUUGCCAAACACGCUGUAAGUGAAGGAACUAAAGCAGUCACCAAAUUUACAUCAUAA